AUGAGAUGUGAAUGGGAGGAGUGUCAGAAAGACAUCGAAGAUAAUGUGAGAGGUCAUCUGCUCUCCCACAUAGAAAAGGACGAGGAGGCUAGGUGCUUGUGGAAAGAUUGUCCGAGAUAUGGAGAAGUCCAGGUUAGUAAGCACGCACUGCUUGCCCAUGCACGGAGACAUACGGGAGAACGGCCCUUCGAGUGUCAUUUGUGUGGGAAGGAUUAUACACGAAGCGAUCCUCUUAAGAAACAUCUUCUCCGCCACGAGGCUGUUGAUAGUAAAAGUGAGAAUCUAAUGAUGAAGAUCGAGUACUUAGGAAAACUUCUUACGGAGUAUCGUAGAGAAACCCUAAGGAUCAUGAAUGACAUCGAGUCCAUACGGCAUAACAUCCAGGCUAUGAGCAGUAAGAUAGUCUGUAAGAUCAAAAGAAAUAAACCUUCCUUAUAA